CCUCGUCAACCUCCAUUCACUCUUCAGACCCUCUCACCUGGGCUGGCAACCCUUGAUCACAGUAUACCAACAUUAGCCUACAUACUUGUGCCCUCCGCUCCCUGUUAAGCCAUUCAAUUAUGCAUCGCGUCCUCGCCUAAUCAUCUUUCUCUAGCUGCACACCCCCUACCAUCCUCCCACUUCAUAUUCGACAACCAAGCAGUUGCGACAUACUCUGAUAUAAUCGCCUACCUCAUUCAUCCUCUUCCUCUCUUUUCUAUGGCCACUGAGCUUCCGCUACUAUGUCUGUGCUACUAGAGCUCGGGGAGACAGGUGACAUUGUCAUUGAUCUCCUUGUCGACCUUGCCCCCAAAGCGUGCGAGAACUUCCUCAAGCUAUGCAAAAUAAAAUAUUAUAAUUUUUCCCCCGUUUAUAGUGUUCAGAAGGAUUUCUCUUUUCAAACCGGUGACCCCAUUGGGCCUGACUCUCCUGAGUCAAGUGGGGGUUCAUCGAUCUGGGGCCUUCUGGAGGGUCCUUCCAAGCGCCUAUUUCCCGCGGAGUUUCAUCCAAAACUGAAGCACACGGAACGUGGUACUGUGAGCAUGGCUACCGCCCCUGGUAGAAAUCCAGAUGAGCGCGUGGGUGGAAGUCAGUUUAUCAUCACUACAGGUGACGAGUUGGAUUACCUGGAUGGAAAGGCUGCGAUAUUUGGUAAAGUUGUUGAAGGCUUUGAUACUCUAGAAAAGAUCAACAAUGCCUUCUGUGAUGGCAAAGGAAGGCCACUAAAGGAUAUCCGAAUACAUCACACGAUUAUUUUAGAAGAUCCAUUUGAUGACCCUGAUGGUUUUAGAGAGCCAUCCCAGAGCCCUGUCCCGUCAAAUGCUCAAUUAGCGACCGUGAGAAUUGGGGAGGAUGAAGAAAUCAAGGAGGAUGAUGAUCCCGAAGCAGUCGAGAAAUCAAGGCGAGAACGAGAAGCAAGGGCACAAGCGUUGACAUUGGAGAUGGUUGGCGAUCUUCCCUUUGCGGAUGUCAAGCCACCAGAAAACAUUCUCUUCGUUUGCAAAUUGAAUCCCGUUACUCAAGACGAGGAUCUUCAUUUGAUUUUCAGUCGUUUUGGGACCAUCCUGUCGUGCGAAGUGAUUAGAGACAAGAGAACCGACGAUAGCCUCCAGUAUGCUUUUAUUGAGUUUGAGGACCAAAAGGCUUGCGAGCAGGCCUACUUUAAAAUGCAAGGAGUAUUGAUAGAUGACCAUAGAAUUCACGUCGACUUUUCGCAGAGUGUGUCUAAAUUAUCCGACACAUGGCGAUCGGCCACCAAUGCAAAACGUCAAAAUGCGGUCAAUGCACGUGGUUUUGGUGGAUCUAACCAAUUAGAGAAGAGACGCCAAUACAGGGAAGGUAACCACAAGAGCCACGGUAGUAGUAGUAACAUGGGAUAUGUGUUUGAUGAGGUCGACGUUCGGAGACGCGCCGAAACAUGGAGAUCAGAGAGAGAUGAUCGAGGCCCCAAAGGCGAGAGCGAAGUCCCAGUAGCCAUGGCCGCCGUGAUCAGGGAAGAGAUUCCUGGAGAAGGCAACGAAGCCGGAGCCCGAGGAGGCGUUACGAUCGUGAUAGUUAUCAGAUGCCCUGAUGACCAACAUAGCAAAGGGAACCGGAUAUCUACAGCUCUUGACUAUAUAAAACGCAUGUUAGAGGCAAUGAGUGUAGAAAAGGGAUAUUGCUCGAUUUGCUUCUGUCAGAUGUUUUUAAAUACCCUGCAAGGCCGCCGCAACCUCCGUUCAAACUUUGUGAUUUGUGACAGCAGAAAGCAGCAACGCAUUGAACGUAUCCCAUCUUACCAUGAGUGA